CCGUGAGUGCGGAGCGGGCGGUGGGGCCAUGGCGGGGCCGGCCUGACCCGACCCGACCUGCGCUCGCCGCCGCGAUGUUGCCGAGCCAAGCCGGGGCCGGGAACGGCGCCGCCGCCGCGUUGGCCCGUGGCUCGGGGCUGGGCCGGUCGCCGGUGACGCGUGGGUCGAACGGCGGCGGGGCGGCGGCGGGGCCGCCCGGGGGCCGCCUGGAGCGGGAGGCGCUGUACAGCGGCAGCGAGGGCGACUCGGAGUCGGCCGAGGAGGAGGAUCUGAGCGGCGAGCGGCGCGGAGUGAAGCGUGGCCUGGCCGAGGCGGCGGCGGGGCCCGCGGCGGGAGCGGCGGCCGCGGCCGCCUACAGCGGCGCCGGCGGCGGCGGGGCCGUGAGCGGAGCCAAGCCCGGGAAGAAAACGCGGGGACGGGUGAAGAUCAAGAUGGAGUUCAUCGACAACAAGCUGCGGCGCUAUACCACCUUCAGCAAGAGGAAGACCGGCAUCAUGAAGAAGGCCUAUGAGCUUUCCACGUUGACCGGCACUCAAGUCCUGCUGCUGGUGGCCAGCGAGACAGGCCACGUGUACACGUUUGCCACACGGAAGCUGCAACCCAUGAUCACCAGUGAGACGGGGAAGGCAUUGAUCCAAACGUGCCUCAACUCCCCAGACUCACCCCCACGCUCAGACCCAACCACUGACCAGCGCAUGAGUGCCACAGGCUUUGAGGAGACAGAUCUCACCUACCAGGUCUCUGAAUCGGACAGCAGUGGGGAAACCAAGGAUGGACUGAAACCAGCGUUCACUGUCACCAACCUGCCAGGGACAACAUCUACCAUCCAAACAGCCCCAACCACCUCGACCUCCAUGCAGGUCAGCAGUGGCCCAUCAUUCCCCAUCACUAAUUACCUGGCGCCAGUGUCUGCCAGCAUCAGCCCCAAUGCCGUCACCAGUGCCAACGGGACAGUGCUGAAGACUACUGGAGCCAGUGCAGUGACAUCUGGGGGCCUCAUGCCUAUACCCACCGGCUUCACCCUCAUGUCAGGUGGUACCAUGGCUCAGCAGGUCCCGGUCCAGGCGAUCCAGGUGCAUCAGGCACCGCAGCAAACAACUCCCUCUAGUGACAGCAGCACUGACCUUACCCAGACCUCUUCCAGUGGAACAGUGACCCUCCCAGCGACCAUCAUGACGUCGUCUGUGCCAACCACAGUGGGUGGGCACAUGAUGUACCCCAGCCCACACGCGGUGAUGUACGCGCCCACACCUGGCCUUGCGGACGGUGGACUUGCAGUCCUCAACGCUUUCUCACAGGCACCCUCAGCGAUGCAGGUGUCCCACGGCCAGGUCCAGGAUCAGGGUGGCGUCCCCCAAGUGUUCCUGACAGCCCCAUCAGGCACUGUUCAGAUCCCAGUCUCAGCUGUCCAGCUUCACCAGAUGGCUGUCAUCGGGCAGCAGAGCAGCAGUGGCAGCAGCCUGACGGAGCUGCAAGUGGUGAACUUGGACACUUCACACAGCGCCAAGAGUGACUGAGAGGCCUCUGCUGCCAGCCUUGUGCUGUCCCUGGCUUGCCAGUGCUGGGGCUGGCAGCAAUUCCUUCUCGUACAGACUGCACCAGUUAUUUAUUGUUGCCUUUUCACGUUUCCUUCAUCCACACAUGCACACACACACACACACACACACAAACACGCACCCACACACACACAUACACACAGGCAUGCACGUGGGGCUUCAGGACCCACCCAGGGUGGAGCUGUGCUGGGGCCAUGCAGGGCUUGGGAGCGUUUUGGAUGCUGCAAUAGCUGUGCUUGUCUCAUGCCAGCCAAAGAAACUUGUCUCUUGAGGGGAGGAUUGCCCUGCGCUGUAACUAAGUACUGUGGGCCAUUCCCAGCUGGAGGCUCUGGCUCCUUCUGGGCACUCCGAAUCACCUUGCCCAUGAGUGUUUUCUCUGCGUGGGGCUCAGCUCGGAUCCAGAGCCGUCGGCAGAGCUGUGCUGCUGGCCUCAGCAAUGUGCCUUUGUGGGGGUGACAGGUCCUGGCUGUAGCAGCUCACCCUGGGCUCUGGAGAGGGGAGAGUGGCCAGCUUGCAUGUGCAUCUCUGGUUGGACCUGCAUGCCUUCCCUCUGGAGGGCAGGGCACAGCCUGCGGCACCAGUGGCCCCGUCCUCCUUGUAUGCACUACAGUGAACCCUCUGCCCUCAGUGCCUCCUCGCUGGGCUGCCCAGCAGAUUUGCAGCCUGCCUGUCUGCCCCAGUGGUUGCCCUCACACAGCUGAGGUGGUUGGUGGAUGCCCAGGAGCACAGCAAUGCCCCAGAGAGUUCCUGGGGGGGGCCUCUGUGGACGGCUCAGCCCCAGGCUCUCCUCUCAGCCCUCGCGCUGCUUGCGGACUCUGUACCCCCCGGGGAAUGUGGCUGGGUCUUUCCCACAUCCCCAUGCAGCUCCAGCCAGUGCUUUCUAAAUUUCUGUGUCUGAUGCAAGUUGGAGAAACAAGAGUCAAAGGGAAGAGCCCAUGGGGCACUGAGCUGCUUGGCAGGUGGCAGUCUCUUCCUCUGAGCUCUGGGGUGACCUGCAGGCCAUCCAGGGCUGUGGAGGAGCAGCUGUGAUGCCUGUGCAGGCUCCACAAGGCCAGAGGAGAAGGGCUGGAGCAUGCUUGGUCCUGCAUGGGAGUUGCUGUGAAUGGCUCUGCUGCCUAGCCCUGUCCCUGGAGGGAGAGCAAGCGAGAGAAGCUGCUGAAUCCUUAGCGGAAGAUGCGGCUACUGUAACUUUUCUUUUUUUAAGUUAAAGACAAAAGAAGCCUUGGAGAAAAAAGAAAAAAAAAAGAAAAAAAAAAAAAAAAGAAAAAAGAAAAUGACUUUAUUUUUCUAAGUGUUAAACUCAGUAUUUAUGUAAUUCUUUAAGGAAUAAAAGUUUGGCUCCUGUACAGUUUUCAUGGGGUUUGUACCAGGGGGAUGGGAGAGGGGAGGGUGGGCAUGGAGGCAGGAAAGGGGCCUUGCUUUUGAGUUUGUAUUGUAACUUUGGACAUGUUCCCUCAGCAUUAGCGUUUAAGCUGCGCUCCCCACCCACCAGCAUGUGCCAGGGAUCAAGCUGAACUGAGUGGGAUGCCUGUUUCCCACUUCCCUGUACUGAGGAUUCCAUACCCAUCAUUUUGGGCUUAAUGGGCAGGAGAGAAAGUGGAGCAGUGGCCAAUCUCUAGAAGUGGGAAACCCGUCACUCAGGAAUGAGAGGCUUGCAGUGUGUCUGGGAGUCAGAGGUGGGCUGGGUAUUCUGAUGGCUGUCCUGUUCACCUCUGCUCUUGGGACCUAUGGCUGUUCUGUCACUGCUUUUUGUGUGGAGCAGUGCUACCUGUGACUGCCCUCAAGGCUGUGGGCAUCCCCACUCCUCCCUGUGUGGCAAGUGGCCAGCAGUGGCUGAUCCUUGCUCGCUCUGCAGGGAGCAUCUUGUGAAGUCCUAGCUGAGGAUCUGGGCUGUAAUUCCCCCUCUACAGCCAUUCCUUAGUGUGUGGAUGUGGGCUGGUUCCCUUCAAGCCCCCCUGUGCAAAGAACCCUAUUUUGGCCAAUUUUUGGUCUGUUACGCAGCCUGGGAAGGGCUUGUGGGGAGUUAGGUGGCCCCUUUGGUGAGGGUGACAUUGCACGCUGGCUCCCCUUAGCAUCCGUGCUCUAAGAGAGAUGUGUACCCACAACUCAGAGCACAUGGGAGUGCUGUGCCAUGUCCCAUUUCUAGGUAUAAGGAAUGCUGCUCAGUGAUGCUUCCAAAACAAGGCUGGGUAUCUAGGAGUUUGUCCAGGAAGAAGCAAGGGGCUGGGGUUUACAUUGUCCUUUGCCCCAGCACUUUGCUGUGUUCCUGGCUUUGCUCUGCUUUGCUUUCUGCUGGCACUGGAGCAGAGCUGUUGGGCCAGAACAGCAGGAGUGCCCCUGCUGCUACAGGGUGUCUGACCACGUCCCCUCCCUGGCUCCCCAAAGGCAACUGCUGGUUAAACGCUAAUGGUGUAUUUUAUUUAAGUGCAGACUUGUAAGAACACUUGUGUAUCAGGGAUGAAAUGGCAUUUAUAGUGUGGUGACAUUUUUAGUUCAUUUUACUGGUUUGAGGGUUGUGUGUGUGUGUGCGUGUGUGCUCGUGUGUACGCAUAAGUGUGUGUGGGAUUUUUUUUUUAAUUUUAAUUUUUUUCCCCUCCAGUUUCCAGGGUUGUGUUUCUGGAAGGAUGUGGAAGUAAUCACAGUACUAUGUACAGAGCUUUCUUUUGUAUUAAAAAAAAAAAUUACUCUUUCAAUAAAUGUUAUCAUUUUGUGCACAGA